CUGGACAGUCCACCAGUCAAUAGCUCGCAUCACUCUGAGACACUAAGACUCCGACUCCCUCGAGACUCCCGCUCCGCUGCCCUCGUCGAGAAUCAAAGGAAAUACGACAACACCACCGACUCUACCCCCCCUACACCCCACCUUCUUACCUCCUCAACCGACUGACAACAACUUCCCACGCCAAAUCGGACCUUCUUGUGCACAAAGAAGAACGGGUGGUCGCAUUCACGACACAACAACCGGCGUGGCUGCGACCGACCGACGUCGAAUCUGUACGCAGGGUGUCGUUGAAAGUUCAUGUCCUCCUCCAACGGUGGUGUCGCCAUUGGUAUGGCUCAGGCUCAUGGCCCUCUGUCAAGGACCAAUACUGCACCAGUAUUCACAGCAAGAGCGAACGGCGCACCAGCCAUAAAUCAAACAAUGAGUGGUUCCAGUCGAUCUUCUCAAAUGUCGGCUCCUUCAGCUACAUUUACCUCGUCCUCCUCAACCACGUCCCUAGCAUCGUCGCAAUCCAGCUCAUCCACCAUUAUGCCCCCUACCUCGAGCGGCCCGGUUCAAGCGACCAACAACAUCAUCAACCAGAAAGCCGACGCAUCGAGAUCUCUUUACCAGAUAUGUGUGAGUCUACGUAGUCGGUUGACCCAGGUCCCUGGUUUCGACGCACAUAUAAAAGAUUUAUUACAGGAAGAUCCAGGGGAGGAUAUGGAUCCAGUUUCGUCGCUAUGGAGGUGUUUACGAAGAGGAACCCCGCUUCUAACAAUCUACAAUUCUCUCCGACCACCCAUUCCACUCCACCUGGCUGAGGAGAGUAUGCCUGUGGCCAGCCGACCAAAGAACCUACCCAAGAAAGCAGCAUUUAAGUUUGUGGAGGCUUGUUUGAAAGGAGAACUGCUGCUGGAUUCUGGAGAGUGCUUUGCCUUGACCGAUUUAUUUGGCGACGAUACGACUGGAUUUGUUAAGGUCAGUAAAGUUCAUGCAAAUUUUCUUUAUUCUUCAAGAUAUUCACUACGUUAUACCCCUCACCUAUCUAUGGAUAAUCUGUCAACUUGUUCAUUUCCUUUCCCCCUGUCGGAUCCGAUUAUUGUCACUAUCAGGGAUAAUGCUCUAAUUCACUCGGUGUAUUGCUUGUCGCCCUUACUUAUCUCGCUUGCUUACCUCCCUUGCUUCACCACCUCACCACCUAUGAAUUUCACUACUAUACUUCUUUUUCAUGGGCUAUCUCCCUCACGUAUUGUUACAAAAGCUAAAAGAUACUCCUAUAAAGGUUACUCAAGUCAUCAACAAAGUACUUGAUAAAGCUGAAGAACAAGGAUUUCUUGAAGUAGCGAGAAUGGAUGUACCGCCAACUCCAACUGCAACAACCGGUGGCCAGAAGAGUUACCGUGAUCAUGUCGUAGGAGAGCUGGUUGAUACAGAACGAAAAUACGUACAGGAUUUGGAAAAUCUCCACGAGUUGAAGAAAAAGAUUGAGCAGAAAGGGGUUAUUACUGGUGACGUGGUUCACGACAUAUUUCUCAACAUCAACGCAAUAUUGGACUUCCAAAGACGAUUCCUCAUCAAAAUUGAAACCACCAACUCCCAGCCAGACAGUCAACAGAAAUGGGGCCUCCCUUUCACCAAUUACGAAGAAUCCUUCAACAUAUACAAACCAUUCAUUGCCAACCAACGUAAAGCUGCAGAUAUAGCAAAGAAGGAGUUUGAAAAGAUAAAAUUAGCCGAUCACCCGGUCGUCGUCGACUUCAACACUUUAGAUGGAUUCCUCCUGAAACCAAUGCAACGUUUGGUCAAGUACCCCAUGCUGCUCAAGGUUUGUAUCCCCCUUUACACUUGUAAAGAAAAUAGCUCACCAGGUUAGGAUCUCCGUGACAAGACCAACGCCAGCGAAGAGACGAAAGCAGACUUGACUUCUGGCAUUGAAGCAUCAAACAGAGUCCUCAAAGAAGCCAAUGACGCCGUUGAUCAAGAAUUACUACGUGAAGCUAGAGAGGAUAUGGAGUCUCGCGUAGAAGACUGGAAAAAUCACCAAAUCGACCAGUUUGGCGACCUUCUCCUCCACGGUCACUUUCCGGUUGUCAAUGGCAAAAGCGAUGGGCAAAAAGAAGUACGACCCCGCAAAAAUUCCAAAAAAUUCCAAUUCUUCAGCAUGGACUCUAAGCGCAAGGCGCCGGAGACUACGAUGCGCCGAUCUGAGUCGUCCACCGCUAGUGGGUGGGAAAUGAUAUCCAUUCCAGAUGAAGUCGAUGACCAGCGUUUAGACUCUCCCACUGAAGUUGAAGGGCGCUCCUUGAACCAAUUUUUCUCAGAUAAGAUCUUUCAUGAGUUUCUGGGUCGUGAUAGAGGAUCUGGGGAGCCCGCUCUUGCAAAAAGCUAUGCUGACAGUAUGGGCAUCAUCGCCCCUUUCUAUGAACAGUACACGAUUUACCUCUUCGAACGAAUUCUCCUAUGUUGCAAGGAAGUCAACCCGAACAAGUCAAAGGAUAAGUAUAUGGGUGGAACUCAAAAGGACAAAAAAGAUAAGUCAAAAGGAAAGGAACCUAACAAGAAUUUAAAGCUUCAACUCAAAGGACGAAUCUUCAUGACCAACGUUACAGACGUUCUCUACACUGCCAAACCAAGUGCCUGUACCAAACUCUUCUUUGACAGCCUCCCGCUAACCUCUUGUCAGGCUCUUACACGGUUCAGAUCUUCUGGAAAGGUGAUCCAGGAGUCGAAAAUUUUAUGAUUCGCUUCUCAAACGAAGACUCGAUGAGAAAAUGGCAUGCAGGCGUUGACGCACAAAGAAAGGUGCAUGCCCAGAGCUCGCAGAAUAUGAGCCCGGAUGCAGGUCCAGCUGAUUUUGCAUGGAUGCGAGACCAGACAGCAUCUAUGCCAAAUCCAUAUGCGCAACAGGAAGAAGAGGACGAAGAAGACGAGUAUCACGUCCAAACACCACUCUACCCGGGACAGAUGAAUCAAAUGUUGCCGCGAAACCCCUCCAGCUCAAGUUUGCGAGCAAGAUCUGCCACUAACGAUAGUGCCCAAUCGCUUGCCGGCAUUGCCCGCGCGCCUCCGCCAAGAUUCCCCAUCGGCAUCCAGAACCCUCCACUGAGUGUACAGACACAAGCAAUGCCUUCACCAAAUCAAAGGUCUGGCGACUCAUACUUCUCGCCUGUCGCUGAGUCUCCUGCGAUUUCGGUUAGAUCCAGCAACAGCUCCUCGAUGUUUCCAUUCCCUCGACAAGGCAUUCCGCAAGGCUGGGAAGACAACAAUCGAUAUACCGCACCCGCCAUGGCAAGAGCGCCGUCGAGGGGUAGCCAGACACCAAUGGACGCAGGUGCUUAUCAAAUGAACGGCCGCACUCCACAAAGACCAUCUCUUCCUGCGAUGGCUUCGCAAUCGUCUCAAGGAAGCGUAUCAGCCCAACGCAGUCGAUCCUACUCCACACCUGACAUCAACAACCAAAUUGGAGUUCGGCGCCUACCCAACGGAACCCUCAGCGGCAACGGCCAGGUCCCUGCAGUUCCAGGCAUACCAGCACACUUACACCCAGGCUACGACAACGGUAUCCCAAGAUCCCAGAACAAUUCGCCAAACGGCCUACCAAUGAGAUCAAGCACACAAUCACCUGGUGUUCAACGAGAACGUCUGGGAACCCCAACACAAUACCAAGCUCCGCAAUAUGCCAGAGCCAACCAUCAACAAGUCGCCGAAAGCAGGACCAUGUCACCACCUCUACAGAUGCCUGGUGAGGAUGGAACCCUCCCAACUCAGCUUAAGGUGAAGGUGAACUGCGAUGGAAAUUACGUUACUCUUGUGGUAGCUUUCAACAUCACAUACCAAUCUCUUAUCGACCGAAUUGACGCCAAGGUCGGACGGUUUUCGAACAAUGCCAUCGCCAGAGGCACCAUGAGACUACGAUAUCGAGACGAGGACGGCGACUUUGUGACCAUCGAAUCAGAUGAGGACAUCCAAAUUGCGUUUCAAGAAUGGCGAGAGGCCCAGAAGGCACAAUAUCAUGCUGGUCAACUUGGAGAGAUUGAAUUGUUUUGUCUUAGUGUUGAUUAGACGAGGUCCCUUUUUUUGUUUUUUCUUUUGAAGAGUUGCGAGACACAAGCUGCUUUGAUUCAUCGAGGCAGGAAAGAUUUAUGUGUGGUCCGUCAAGUUUUUAAUCGGUUUCAACCACGGCUGGAGUUUAUGAUUGCAACGUUGAGAUGAAUUUGGGACGGCAGGACAAUGUUUUCAUGAGUGGUUUUCUUUUUUUACUGAUUCUUCACAAUGGUGUUUUCGGCGUCAUCUGCAUAGCCUUUUCUGCAGGUACCAAAGGGCGCCAGCGACACGGUGCUUUUUUUCAUUCGGGAUGGGUGGCGUACCUGAAGCCUGUUUUUCUGAGCAGUGAAGAAGAUAUGUUUUGCUGCCGAGUCAAUUGGGGAGGGUCAAAUUAGCGUAUACACAACGUAGCAUAGAGAAAGUUGAGUUGAAAAGAUACAAUAUAAAGUUCCACUGCUGC